UUUGGCUGCGUAUUGUCAUGGAGACCAGAAGCGGUCCGCCGCCGAAGAGGGCGGUUGUGAGCUAGACUGAGCAGCACGCGGAACCCGAGCCCCGGGGAGCGUGCGGCGGCCUGAGGCUGCCUCUCGGGCUGACCAUUCCGGGUUCGGGGUAGGCCGGGGUUCUACAGAGAGCGUCUCCGCCCCGACGCGCGGGACCCCGCCUCCCGCGGCCGCACCGCCCCCCCCCCGGCUCCGCCCGCUCAGCCCGGCUAACGGUCGGCGCGGCCUGCCACGAGGGAGCGUCCGCGGCCCGCGCUGAGCCGCUCACCAAGCCGAUGGCGUGGACGCAGCCGGGCCCCGCGGUCUGCGUGCGGGCAGGCGCGCGUGGGCGUGUCUCCCUGGCCCACGCGUGUCCCCCGCAUCAGUGUCUCGGCUCUGGUCCAGGACGAAGACUUCUGAAAGCGAGCCAAGGAGAAUCACAGUUGGUAAAGGAAUCCCUGACUGCCUGGUGGAAGGAGGUGCUUCAGAAGACAGUGAGCCUCCCAAUAGAACAUUUCUUCCUGAACAUAUCUAUCAGUGCAGUUCAGACUCUGGAAGAAAAUGACCUCUCCUGGCAAAGCCUUCGCUGUGUGCGGGAACAUCAGAUUUAUGUAAAGAAGAAUCUUCAGUGACUUGUCUCCUCCAGUCUUCAAGAGCAUUCAGGAAUUAAACUGUUCUCUUCUCUGAACUGAGGGACCUAAGAAGCCUAAGCCUCAAGAGACUGGCCCCAGGUCAUACACAAUACCUUCAGGUGCCUAGAUCCUCUGUUUUCAAGGCCCAUGAGGUUUGCUUACUAUUCCAAAAUAAGAGUGUGGGUGGAAUAACAGGUAAGACCUAGUUAUGACUGUGUAGAUAGGGCUGCCAGAGCCUCUGCACAUGGUAUGCAGGGUCACACUGAGGGAGGAGGGAGAGGGAACGUGAUCCAACGGACAUGUGAUCCUGAGGGGGGAUGUGGCUGGACAUCAGAGAGAACACUCAUGUGGGAUCUAGUGACUGCCUCCAACUGGCUCCUCAGACACAGUGACUUGGGGAAGUUAGUACCAAAUACGCUGGCUUUAGUGGUUACUGUAGUUGUAAUUUUUUAGAAAAUUGGGUAUUUGUUUAGUUUUUUUUUUGGGCCAUAUAUUUGUUUAUUUGUUGUUAUUUUGAGAGAACAUCUCCCAGUGUAGUCCAGGCUAGCCUGUAUUUUAAGAACCUCCUGUUUCCAUUUCCCAAAUGCUGGGGUCAUAAGUAUAUACUACCACACCAGCCUUACCAUGUUAUUAGUAAGUUAAUAAAAUUAUUGGUUUUCCAAACUAGGACCGUGAGCAUUUAGGAAUGAAGUUCAAUCCAUUUCUUUCUUUUCCUCAAUGCUGGAGAUCUAAGCUAGGGUUUCAUACAUAGUAAGCAGGUACUCACUAAGCUACUCUAGCUCCUGAUACAGUCCUCAAUACAAAAACAGUAUAGAACCACUUAGAGUAAAAGUGAAAAUUCUCUUUUCAGUUUAAAAAUAUAGUUUGGAGAGUCUGGAAAACAGAAGUGCCUUUGGCAAGUAGUUAUUUGUACAUCUGGAUUUGAUUUUGUGUGUGUGUGUGUGUGUGUGUGUGUGUGUGCGUGUGUGUGUCCUAGCAUGCACGUAUGUGUGUAUAUGCAUGCCAUGGGCAGAAUGUAGAACAACUUUCCGGCAUCUGUUCUCUCCUUCCACUAUGUGGGUCCCAGGAAUUGAGCCUGGGGCACCUGGGGCACUUGGCAGCCAGGACCUUUAUCCACUGGACCAUCUCAGUAGGCCCUUGCUUACAGAGUCAGUGGCUUAUCAUGUUAAGAAUAGUUAAUGAUUCCCAACAGCAAAUAAAGAAUUGUUAAUGACUGAAUAUAUCAAGCCAGUGGUCUAUUAAGAUAUUAUAUUUUGUAUGGAUUAAUACUUCAGUAAACCUCCAAAGAACUUGUAUUUUCUCUGUGUCCAUGUGUGUUUUCCAAUGAUCUUGACAUUAGUUCUUGAGAAGUCAACUCAAGCUCAGAACUGUAAAAGUCCUCAUUAUCCAGUUUAGUCUAAGAGAGAUCAGCACUUUAGGCUGAUCUAUUUAUAUUAACUGACUGGUGCUUCCAUGCUAAUCCUGUAAUUAAGAUUCAUUUCUCAAAGAUGUUACUAUAAUCUUAGAAAUAUUAAAGAUUUAAACCCUAAA